AUGUAUCCCUAUCUGGAUGGUCUAUCAGUGCAGAGCUACGAAAAAGCUACUCCACGAAUUUUGAUUGAACUGGAGAUAUCUCACGUAUCCAACGGUUCUUCACUCCUUCAUCUACCAGAAAAACAGCGUCUCCUAUUUCGAUGGGUUUCGGAUUCUCAAACCAUCGUAAUCCAGCAGCUUGUUAUUGUUGCCGAUGAUUAUCUUUUGAACUAUAUCGGCAACAACCACAAGCUGGCCCUGCUGCUGGAUUACGACGGCACACUGGCACCGAUUGAACCACAUCCAGAUCUGGCAACGUCUGGCCACUCCAACGUCCACAUUGCCGUUCUCUUGGGUCGUAAUGUGGAUAACGUCAAGGCAAUGGUUGGCAUCGAAUGCAUCAUUUACGCCGGUAACCACGGUCUGGAAUGGAGGCGGAACCGCCGGUUCAGUGCUUCCAUCAUGCGUGCUGCCUUCGGCGUAGAUUGGAGCGAACGAAUCAAGAUCAUCUACGCCGGUGACGACGUUACCAAUGAGGACGCUAUGAUGACCCUCAAAGGUAUGGCAGCUGCGUUCCGCGUUACGAACGCCCAGAUAGACCUCGACCGAGGGGCAUCUACCGUUCACGGAUUCGGUGCUGACGGUGCUCAACAUGGGCACUUGCCGUACGACAUCACGGCGGUAUGA